GACGCAGCUCCAGCCAGCACCGGCUCUGAUUUGCUCCCCUGGCCUCGGAGGGGGCACGGUGUGGUCAGCCUAGAGCCCGGCAACAAAAGGGGAAGCAGGCAGGGAAGGACCUCCGCGAGCAGCUCCGAGGGGAAAAAGCGGGCUGCUAACCCGGCUCAGCACACCCAGCUGCCGGCCGAGCAGGUGCCGGGGGGGGCGAUGGCUCUCGGCAUAGGGCGAGGAGCCCGAAGUUAGCGCAGGGCAGGGGCCCGGCGGCCGAGGAGCGGCGGCGGGGGCGCCCCAUGGGCGGCCGGGCGAGCCUGCCGUGCCGAGGGAGCGCGCUGCCCCGCCGCCCACCGCCCCCACAGGAGGCCGAGACGAUGGUGAAGCCUCAAGAAACAGCAUCAAGGUCUCAUACCUUCAAAAAAAAGUCCUUUAAGAAAUUCAAAAUUUGUGGAAUCUGCAAACAAGUAAUUGAUAGCCGAGGCAUUUCGUGCAGGGUUUGCAAAUAUGCCUGCCACAGGAAAUGUGAAGAGAAGGUGGUGACACCUUGCUUUCUUCAGAGCAACUACGAACUGGAAAACAACUUUGAGGCCUUUAAAAGUCAUGUAACCAGAACUAAUUCCAGCAGUGUUUCGAAGAACUCUUUCAGUUGUGACAAGGGAUCACAAAGUGCAGACUUUGAACACAUUAUGGAGGAGGGCUAUGAACUUGACCUCACUUACAUCACGGAACGGAUCAUUGCUGUAUCUUUCCCUGCUAGCUGUUCUGAGGAAACUUAUCUCCACAAUCUACAAGAUGUAACACGAAUGCUCAAAUCCAAACAUGGUGAUAAUUACUUGGUUCUAAACCUUUCCGAAAAGAGAUAUGACCUUACCAAGCUUAAUGCAAAGAUUAUGGAUGUGGGGUGGCCUGACCUCCAUGCACCACCUCUUGAUAAAGUGUGCACCAUCUGUAAGGCUAUGGAGUCAUGGUUGAACAAUGAUCCUCAACAUGUGGUGGUGAUUCAUUGCAAGGGAGGAAAAGGAAGGAUAGGCGUUGUCAUAUCAUCGUAUAUGCACUUCACCAAUGUUUCUGCAAGUGCUGAUCAAGCUCUAGACAGAUUUGCUAUGAAGAAAUUCUUUGAUGAUAAAGUUUCAGCUUUAAUGCAGCCAUCCCAAAAAAGAUAUGUGCAGUUUCUAAGUGGCCUUCUAUCUGGAUCUGUGAAAAUGAAUACAACCCCGCUUUUCCUGCACUAUGUUAUUCUCCAUGGUAUCCCAAGUUUUGAUGCUGGAGGAGCUUGUCGGCCUUUUCUGAAGUUAUACCAAGCUAUGCAACCACUGUAUACAUCUGGAAUAUAUAGCGUAGGGCCAGAAAAUCAAAGCCGAAUCUGCAUUGCUAUAGAGCCAGCCCAGCUUUUGAAGGGUGAUAUUAUGCUGAAGUGUUAUCACAAAAAAUACCGGUCAGCUACUCGUGAUGUGAUUUUUCGCCUUCAGUUUCACACUGGAGCUAUUCAAGGACAUGGCUUGGUGUUUAGUAAAGAGGACUUGGACAAUGCCAACAAAGAUGACCGUUUCCCUGAUUAUGGCAAAGUGGAAUUAGUGUUUUCAGAAACCCCAGAGAAAAUUCAAGGAUGUGAACACCUUCAGAACGACCAUGGAGUGACAGUUGAUUACAAUACCUCAGACCCGCUGAUACGCUGGGACUCCUAUGAAAAUAUGAGCCCUGAUGGGGAAGUGCUGCAUACCCAAGGUCCUAUCGAUGGCAGUCUGUAUGCAAAAGUAAGAAAGAAGAGUUCUUCAGACAGCAGCAUCCCUGGCGUUGCUCAGGGUGUUCCUGUGACAAGCAGUCCCGAUCACAGUGACCAUACUCUGUCUGUCAGCAGCGAUUCGGGACACUCAACAGCUUCCAUCAGGACAGACAAAACCGAGGAGCGCCUUGUGCCAGGCAUCAAACGGGGGCUGAGCCCACAAGAGAAGGCAGAACUGGACCAGCUACUUAGUGGCUUUGGUUUGGAGGAUUCUGUCAGCAACACCAAAGAUAUGACUGAUGCGGGAAGCAAGUACAAUGGGACUCGCCACAUAGUGCCAGCUCAGGUUCAUGUGAAUGGAAACACCAAACUGAAGGACAGGGAGACUGAUAUUUUGGAUGAUGAAAUGCCUAAUCAUGAUCUUCACAGUGUGGACAGCAUUGGGACUUUGUCUUCAUCAGAAGGGCAGCAAUCUACUCACCUAGGGAAUUUGAGUUGCCACAAGAGCAGUCAGAACUCCCUUCUCUCAGAUGGCUUUGGAAGCAAUACUGGGGAGGACCAUCAUGGUGUUAUUGCCCCAGACCUGGGAAUUGGUGUGGAUCCCCUCUAUGAGAGAUCAUUUGGAAGCACUGAGCCGAAGUCAACUCAGCAACUGCAAAGGAAUCCUUCAGUUUCACCCCAGCCUCAAGCCUAUGGCCCAAGUAACUACUCUACUCAGACCUGGGUUCGCCAGCAGCAGAUGGUCACUGCUCACCAGUAUGGUUUUGUCCCAGAGAAUGAAAUGCGGAUUGGCAUUCAUAACACGGUGGAGAAUUCAGGCAAUGUCCAGAGCCAGUCCCGAGUUCCAGGCACACCAACACACGGCCCCAGUAGUCGAGACGCUGUGCAGAGGGGGCUAGGAAGUAUACCAGGUGUUGCUGGAGCUGCAGAACAUGCUAGCAGUGAGAGUUUUAAGCUGGGGCCGGUGUCACAGAGGGAUGCAAAUAGCCUGGAUCUCAGAGUGAAUUCAGGGGACUUGCCAGCUUCUCCAACUUUGGAUAUCGAUCAGUCUAUUGAACAGCUGAACAGGCUGAUCUUGGAAUUAGACCCUACGUUUGAACCUAUCCCAACCCGCAUUAACACUGUCACCAGGGACACAGAUCAAGUAAAUGGUUUCACCAGCCUUAAUGUGGGUGUGGAAGAGCUUGGCAGGAGCCCUGGCUUCCAUGAGAAAUUAGAGGUCAUAAACAGGAAUCCCUCCCAGCAUGGUUCACAAGAUGAUGAUGCAACAGUGGGAAGGAACAGAAAAUUAAGUGUUGGACAGUAUGACAAUGAUUUCCCUGGGCAGCCACUGUAUAGCAGAUGUGGAUGGAUGAAGUCUCCUGCUGCUGACCAGGCUGUAAAUCCAGGAUCACUAAUUCCUUUAGGGGAGACCAAAGAGAUGGCUGUGACAUGUUACCAAGAUGAAAUAGAUGGGGGAAUCUUCUCGGCCAAAAAUGGAAAUGAAUCUGUCCCAUCUACACCAGGUUUUCCACUGUCACCAGAGACACCAUAUGUGAAAACGCCCCCAUUACACCAUCAACAAAUUGUCUCCAGCCUAAAGGUCAGCAGCCCAUCUGAGCUGUACAGAACCAGUCCUGAAUCUCAAAGUUACAAAGAAGCCCUUAACCACUCUAUGAUAAUGUCUGACAGCACCAUGGGUGCUAACCCUGCUUUGAUGAGGUCCAACAUGCAGAUGGAUCCUUCCUUUCAGCGGUGUUUAGCAUCUUCAUGUACUGCUUCAAGUAACAGUUCUAUCCCGGUGGGAGAAAGCUCUCCUACAAAAGAAUGUCAUUGGCUUGAAAGCAGCCCUAAAUCUUCCCCAUCGCUCCAGCUUUCAAUGGGAAAUAACAGGCCAACAGGAAGUUACCUUGUGCCUUCGGAAUUUUCACACCCUGUGCAAGAUGGUUCUCUCUUGUCUCAUUUCCAAACCCCAGGACUGCAAGUUGUCACCCGGAGCAGCCUGGAGAAAUCACCAAUGGAGCAGCAACAAGAACCUGCUAACAGUUGCAGUGCCCGGGCCUACCGGAACUACAGUGGGGGCAACAUGGUCUGUAGCUCCCCUCCAGAGGAGAAACAAGCUACUUUCAUAGCCAACACUAGCAUCUCUCCUAAAACCAUGAGCUCAUCAGUGGCAAGUGCAGAGGACAAUGUCUUUUUGGAACACAACUUUCUUACAGUGGCCUCUGGACACAAUAGUCAAAACAAUGCGGUUCAUCAGCACCUUGGAGGGAACCUACAUUCUCAACCACCUCUUCCAGAGAAAAAGAGGUCCUCUGAAGAGGACCGUUCCUUCACCUCUGUCUCACCUUCUUCAAGUGGCUUCUCUAGCCCCCACAGUGGAAGUACAAUCAGCAUCCCAUUCCCAAACAUCCUCCCAGAUUUCUCAAAAAUUUUAAGCACUUCCCCCGUGCAAGAAAACACAACGGAUAAACACGUGACUGUGAAAUUUGUCCAGGACACAUCCAAGUUCUGGUAUAAACCAGAUAUUUCAAGAGAACAAGCCAUUGCUGUUCUCAAGGACAAGGAGCCUGGGUCAUUUAUUGUUCGAGACAGUCAUUCUUUCCGGGGAGCCUAUGGGCUAGCAAUGAAAGUUGCUACACCACCUCCUUCUGUUCUGCAGUUAAAUAAGAAAGUUGGAGAUUUGUCGAAUGAGCUUGUAAGGCAUUUUCUGAUUGAAUGCACUCAGAAGGGGGUGCGCUUGAAAGGAUGCCCAAAUGAACCAUACUUUGGGAGUUUGACGGCUCUGGUGUACCAGCAUUCCAUUACUCCACUGGCAUUGCCCUGUAAGCUCCUCAUCCCAGACAGAGAUCCAUUGGAAGAGAUAGCAGAAACUUCUCCACAGACUGCUGCAAACUCAGCAACAGAACUUCUCAAACAGGGUGCAGCGUGUAAUGUUUGGUAUCUGAAUUCUGUGGAGAUGGAGUCCCUCACAGGCUAUCAGGCAGUACAGAAAGCCUUGAGUUUGACGCUGAUGCAAGAUCCUUCUCCCAUCUCAACUGUUGUCCAUUUCAAGGUGUCUGCACAGGGAAUCACACUGACAGAUAAUCAAAGAAAACUCUUCUUUCGGCGACAUUAUCCAGCCAACACUGUUAUUUUCUGUGCCUUGGAUCCACAAGACAGAAAAUGGAUGAAAGAUGGCCUUUCUGCAAAAGUAUUUGGGUUUGUUGCCAGGAAGCAAGGCAGCGCCACAGACAAUGUGUGCCACCUAUUUGCAGAGCAUGAUCCAGAGCAACCUGCCAGCGCCAUUGUGAACUUUGUAUCAAAGGUCAUGAUCGGAUCGCAGAAGAAGAUGUAACACCCUUCCAGUGCUGACUCAAAGCUCUUCGCUGACUUCAUUGAAGGAAAGUGCUGUGAGAAGAAGUCUGUUCAGCAGCAAUGUUAUACCCAAGAAGGAAAGCAGAGGACAGUCUCUCUGCAUUAUAUUUGCAAGAGUUCAGUCUUUUCUUUGAAGAUGACUCUUCCUUAGCAAAGCAUUAUUUGUUUCUUUUUAUUUCAAAGGACAGAGCAAAAGAAGCUGUUUGCCACCCAAACCCAUGUAGCCCAUACCUGAAUGAAGCAUAAAUGAAAAGCUUUUCUCCUGAAGGAUUUCUAAUAUAUGUUCACAUGCGAUUUCUCAUCACUUAUUGGAGCACAAAUAUUCACUCACUAGACUGUGCUACUUUUUAGUGCAGCAAAUGUUUCAUAUAACCUCCACAAAGAAACUUGCCGUAGUUGCAUCAAUGGUAGCUAUACGCCUUGCAAACACAUUCUUGAGAGAAUGAUGGUCUGAGGAGACCAUUUGCUAUAGUCUUCAUCUUUAUGUGAAUCAGUGAUGGGAACUGAAUGGAGGAGGGGGAUAAUGUAUGUGAAAAGAAGGCUUGUGCAAGUUGAUCUCUGCUUAGAAAGAAACAGCAAUGUGGAAUAUUCAGGGAGAUCGCUCUGUAUUUAGUGUAAGCAAGGCUGGCAGUUCUAACUUGAAUCGUUUUAAAUAGGGAAGAGGUGGCAGAAAAAACACAUCAGUUGCAUGGAAAUGUAUUCUGUGAUUUUUUUCUGUAUUUUUUAUACUAAGAGCUAAGGGAAGAUACUGUGUUUUAAUAAUUGCAGGAUAAAAAUGAGGGAAAAACAAAUAAAAUUUUAUAAUUUAUAUAUUUUUGCUGGUACCAAAUUAUUUAUAGUAAAUCUCAGAUCUUGAUAUAUCGUGUAGAUAUCCUUAAACAAGAAUGUUGUGCUUUGCCCUUCAGCAGUAUUUUACAUAAGUAAAAGUGUGUAUAGCAUGUGCCUUGCUGUAGACAAUAGAGUUUCAUAUUUUGACUUUUGUCUUACUGUGUGACAAGCUACUACCUGUUUCCAUGUCUCCUUGUAAUGCUAUUUUGGUAGUAACAUUUGUUCCCCCUUUGAAUACUUAUGUAAAUGUUUUUUUUUAGUCCCCUUUUUAUUGAACUUUUGGGGCUAUGUUUUUAAUUUUCUAUUAAUCUGUAGGAAUUAUUUUUAUGCUUUAUAGAGACAAGAGAUCCAGAAGGAAUUUAUUUUGUUACUCUGUCCCAUCUUUUGAGAUCAUUUGUUUCAUAGUUUGUACAGCUGUCACACCUGUACAUAUCUUUGUAUAUUUUUCUAAACAAAUCUGAAUUUUCAAUGCACAACAAAAUGUUAAUUAGCUUUACAGCAAUGAAAAAUUACAGGAAAUGGAUAAAGUAGGUUAGAGCGGAAAUCUUCACAAGGAAGGUAAGCUUUCACUAGGAGGUCUACUGUAUAAUUCCCAUUCACAAAAGAACAGUUCUAGACCUCCAUAUCAGAACUGAGCGUGAUAAAGCAACUGCAGAGUAACAGUACUGAAAGUUUCAUUGCCUCUGUUUCUUUCAUGUGUGGUUGUCAACAUUACGUUAAUGACCUAAGGUUUAAAGUGACUUGCUGAAUUGAGCGUACUGGAUGCAUGAGGCACUGGGUUAACUAGUAACUGUAUCCACUUUGUGUAUUUAAUCCUGUCAUCCUCUUUUCCUAAAUAAUGGCUAAACCAAGUGGAAAACACUAGGCUGUAUGGUAAGAAUGUUCCACCAAUCUGAACUAUGUUUGUUGUACGUUUAUGUAAUGUACACUUGUAUAAAUGACGAUCUGUUUUUCAUUAAUAGCUUUCUUCCUAAUUUCCCUGAUUUAUCAGGACCAUGGAAACAUUAUUGAGUGACCACAGCAAAAAAUACUACCAAAUUGUUUAGUUAACAGUUUUGUAUAAAUAACUGUAUUGGAGGUAGGGUGGGGGUGGAGGAUGGGACAGAAAAGACAGGUUAAGGAUUUGAAGUUCAAUGUAUUUGGACUGGGAAGUGGCGUAUUAGUAACAGUGGGCAUUGGAUGUUGCAGAAGGGUGAAGCAAUCCAAAGCAUUGUAGCUACCAUUGAAGCAACAAAGGCAAGUGCCACUGAUCUUUACCAAAUAAUUCUGUUCUUCUGACACAGAGGUAUUAAAUGGUGUUUAUGUACUAUCCACGCUAUUUAAAUGGUGUUUAUGUACUUUCCAAAAAUGCGGUUCUUAUUUCUAGGAACUUUGAUUCUUUUGAAAUGUGGGAAGUUUCCUUUUAGUAUUCUUCUGGUGUAGCAAGAACUCAAUUGCCUAAUCUAGUCAGCCAGCUGGAACCCAGUGAAUUUAAUCAGCUGGCAUCUCAAUUAGAUUGUCAGUUUUCCUAGUAGAAAAAUUUUAUGCAAUAAAUCUGAUAUGCUGUAAGCAUUCAAAUGAGAAGGAAAUUUUUAUAUUUUUUCACUUUUGUAGGUGACAUUUAAAUUUCAGCGUGUCUUAUUAGACACCAAGUGUUGGCCUUUGGGCUGAAAAUAUAGCAUAAGUUUUCCCCAUAUAUUGUCAUUUCCAUUUGAGGCUUUAUUUUUUAUUCCUAAUGUGUUCUUAAGGCCUGCUGAAUUCAGGAACAUGAGGAAAUGAAUGCUGCCACUCUUGGUGGUGUUUUCUGGGAGUUCAGAUCUAUUUGGUAAGUAGGAAAAAGAAGUUGCCCUGUUUCUAAGGGAGUUUUUCUAUUAUGCAUUCCUUUGGAUGGUAAAUUGUCACAUGCUUUUGCUUUUUAAAGAAUUAAAAAUUGCAGAAAGCAAAACAGUUCAGUAUGUACCAUUGUGUAGUGUAUGUAGACGGAUAUUCAUGAAACUUAUGUUCAUGGCAAAUACAAGAUGAAAUAAUUAAUACAGCACUUGCUUUCCAAGGUUUUUGGUAGAUGUGUAUAUGCAGUUUCAUGACUAAUGCCAGCAAGUUGACACAUGUAUUUAGCCAGGCUCCUAUUAACCUGCUUAUUAAAUAUACUAUUAUCUUACAGUGUUAUACUACAAAAAUACUAAGUGUCAUGUUUUUAAUUACAUGGUUCCCAUGUAUCCAACAUUAUCAUUAAAAUUUUAUGUUUCCUUCUUGUAUUUACCUUCUAAAAUAGUGAUUUUUGGGGUCUUUUUCUUCAAACUGUAAAGCAGCAAAAGGUCUCCAGUAUGUAAAUGAAUGUUCUAUAAAUUCUUUGUAUAGUCAUUUUCUCUUUUCUUCAGAUAUUCAGAUUAUAAUAAAAUUAUGAAAGUGAAAUUGCACAA